CCGCUCUGCCAGUAUAAAUUCAGACACACACUCAGGACAGGAGUAGUGAGACGAGAGACUGUGGACGUGCAAGUAUUGUCUUGGAGUGGAUUAUAUUUUCCCUUUACUAACUGGAAAUAUCAUCAAUCGCUAACGGCUAAGAUGCCUGUAUCCAGAAUGCGCAUGCGACCCUGGCUGGAGGGCAAGAUUGACUCCAGGUCUAUCGAUGGUUUGGAGUGGGUGGAUAAGGACAAGAUGAUCUUUUCCAUUCCCUGGAAACAUGCAGCUCGUCACGGCUGGUGUCAGGACAAGGAUGCCAGUCUUUUCAAGGAGUGGGCCAUCCACACCGGUAAAUUCAAACCUGGUUUGACUCAAGCAGACCCUAAAACAUGGAAGGCAAAUUUCCGCUGUGCCAUGAACUCCCUACCUGACAUCGAGGAAGUGAAGGAUAAAAGCGUUAACAAGGGAUGUGGAGCUGUGCGAGUCUACCGGAUGCUGCCGGAAGUGCAGAAAAAGAAAGACAAGAGGUCCAGAUCAAGGGACGGAAAGAGAAAGACAAAGGUGAAGAGGGAGGACAGGGAUAUGUGUGAGGAAGAAUCUUCCACAGUGUCUUUCAGCAGAACUGAGCAGGAUGAUUCUCUAACCCAGGAGAGCACAGUGGACAGCACAGAGGAUAUAGAGAUUCCCACGAGAUCGUAUAUUGAUUCACUCGAAGUUCCCUUCGUAUCAUCGGUGGAGAUCGGCCCUGACACCACAGACUGGGUUUCAGCCUUCCAGGUUUCUCCAGACCACUCAAUAGGUUAUGAGGAUGACCUCAAUCUCAUUGGGAUCUCACAACAACUGGAGCGUGACCAAGCUCAGUGGUAUGCUAACGAUAUUGAUGGGAAGGGUUUCCUGAGCAAUGAAGUAGGCACGAGCACAAGCAUGAGCACAAGCACAGCAACAGAGUCUUAUCACAGUCCUCAGAGCCAAUGGAGCGAUGAAUCAGAAGAAAUCGAACUCCAGCUCGUCACAGAGCUAGUGUCUCAGCAUGCACUGGAAGAGCAGCCCAUCUACGGGGACAUGUGGACAUACAACACACAGAACCCAAUGCCACGGCUGGUCUGCUAGCUCUGACUCCUGGCUCCGCACUAAGCUCCUGUAAAUAGCACUCCCGCGACCCCUCACAUUCCCCAGUGGGCCUACCUACCCCAGGUGUGGCUACACUACAGAGACUCUGGCAAAUGGACUUACACCAACCAACGCACCGAUGAUGAAGCAGUUCUGUGGCACACAGUACACACCCACUCACACACACACACAACUGAUCGUGGAUGGAGGAUGUGUGUGGAUGUUUUCACAUCCAUCAAAGAAGUUGUCAUAUUUGUCUGUAUACAUUUUGUUACUCUGUACUUACUGUACUCUCACCAACUAAGGUUGGUGUUAACUGAUCAGAAAAAUUAAGUAUCCGAACAAAUAUGUCAACUUCGACCCCAAAAAUGUCUGCUGUGGUGAUGUUGUGGCACUUUGUCCGUUACUAUUGUAUGACCUUCUUUCAGGCAACAACAAUGUUUGUACCAUUUAUUAAGUUUCUGGGUGUGAGAUAUGUGAAUUGUAAAUAUGUUAAUGUUCUAUUUUUACAAAAUAAAAUAUAAAAUUUCUGACAAA